UUCACAUUAUUUCGUAAUCUCUCCUGUUUCUCUCUUGUCCACAACCUCCAUGAAGUCAGCUACAAUGGGUAGUCUCAAACUCAAUUUCUCUCGGGCGGGGUUCCACAAAAUGCCUUGUAUUUCACUUCCUGUGAACAGAAAGAUUGGAACUUUAAGCAUAACCUGUGGGUUAAGAGACCCAUUCAGAAAGCCCAUAAGACAGUCAAGAGUAUUGUCAACAGAAGCAAUACAGGCCGUUCAUGCCAUGAAACUUGCCAAGUCAAAUUCGAAACUUGAUGGGGUUUUUCAUGGCAGAGUCUCCAGGCUUCUGAAAGCUGAUUUGUUGGACACUUUGACUGAGUUGCAGAGACAAAAUGAAGUAGACUUAGCCCUAAAGGUCUUCCAUUUUGUGCAGAAAGAAGAGUGGUAUAAGCCAGAUUUGUCUUUAUAUUGUGACGUGAUUCAAAUGUUCGGAAAGAAUGAACUAAUUACAAGUGCCGAGGAGCUUUUCUGUGAACUCCAAAGAGAAGGUCUGGAACCAGACACUAGGGCUUAUACUGAAAUGAUUGGAGCAUAUUUGCGAGUGGGUAUGAUAGACAAGGCAAUGGAGACAUACGGAGUGAUGAAGGCUUCAGGCUGUGCUCCAGAUAAAUUAACAUUAACAAUUUUGAUCAGGAAUCUUGACAAUGCUGGAGAAGAAGAGCUUGCAGCAACUGUAAGGAAAGAUUGUGCCCAGUAUGUGGAUUAUCCUGAGAAAUUCCUUGAAACAGUUGCUAAGAAACAUCGAAAGAGGGUAGUCGAUAUUGUUUGAAGAAUUCCAGCUUAUGAAGUAAGCAUAGAGCUGGUUUUAUACUCCAUACAAGCUACCACAUUCAGGUUAGACAUUUGCCAAACUCACACCAAAAAUCCUUGAUGAGACUUCUCUCAAAGCUUGAAGAAAAGGAGGUGCAGCAGAACGAAAUAUCUUUUCUCCACUAAAUUAGGCAAAAGUAAAUUUAGGUGAAGUUUGCAGAUCAGUAUUCAAUGAAAUGCAUUUCUUUAGGGUUGUCACACAUUUUCAAAGUAGUUUAUAAUUUUUUUUUUUUUUUGGUUGUAAAUUGAUACACCAGCAUACAACAGAAAGGAGUUGGAAAAAGCUACAAUAAAAUUGCUUUGAGUUUCA